CAGAGUUAGUGCCCUCAACAGUGGCUCUCCGGCAAGAUGUGGACACCUCUGUGCGCGAUUGUCUUUCUCGUGGUGAUUGUGAGUCCGCUGGCGGAGACGAGUUCCAUCCGCAGGCGAAAGUCUAUCAGACUUCAACUGAGUGACUACCUCAGCUAUGACGGAGUGAUGUCGUACCUGGAUCGGCUGGCCAUAGCCCACAGCGAUCGGGUGACCCUAAAGGAGGUGGGUCGAUCGUACGAGAACCGUGCCCUGAAACUCGUCAUGAUAACGAACGGAGAUGGGCGGCAGGGAAAGAGGGUGAUCUUCUUGGAUGCCGCCUUGCACGCUCGGGAAUGGAUGACCCCCGCCGCCGCCCUCUAUGCCAUCAAUAAGUUGGUGGUUGAGUUUGAGGAAAAUGCCCACCUCCUAGCCGACUUCGAUUGGCACAUUAUGCCACUGGUCAAUCCCGAUGGUUACGAGUACUCCCGCAGUAAGGAUCGUUAUUGGAGAAACACAAGGACACCGAAUGGCGGCGGCUGUUUCGGCACCAAUCUCAACAGGAACUUUGAAGUGGGCUGGGCAGAGGGUUUUCCGGAGCUAAAAGAUCCUUGCGAUGAAAAUUACGCGGGAAAUGAACCAUUUUCCGAGGUGGAGUCACGUACAGUGCGCGAUAUAAUGCACAGCCUGGUGGAAAGUGAGCGAGCUGUCAUGUAUCUUUCCCUGCACACGGCCAACCGUUCGGUUUUCUAUCCUUGGGUUUAUGAAAGUACUCCGGUGCCGAAUCAAGGGGAACACGAUGAAAUCGCCAAGUAUGUCGCCGAUCAAAUAUUUCAGAGCACUGGCACGGUAAUAAAGCCGCGGCAGGCCGCUCAAUAUUCCGGAACAUUCGGCGGUACCAGUAUGGAUUACGCCUAUAAAGUGGGAUUCCCCCUCUCUUUUGUCUUCGAGAUGUCGGGAACGGGCGGGGACCACGUGGAGUACAAGUUUUUCCCACCAACCUGGGAUAUACGACGCUUAGCUGAUGAAUCGUGGACGGGUAUUCGAGCGUUUGGCGAGAAGGUCAUUGAAAUAUACCCGCCCUCCCGACAAUUAAAGCCAUCACAGAUACAGAGACUUACCGGAAGUGCAUCACGGAAUUGGGGCUUAAGUUCCAUGGUUGGAACAACCACCUUGCUUCUCGUAUAUUUUACCAACAAUUUUGUAAGCCAUUAAAUGAGAUACACCUAAAAAUACUCCUUUGCUCGUACCGACAAAAAUGCUAAAAACUAAGGGCGUUUUGCCAAUGUUAUGUUAAGGUUCUACUUUCUAAUCUUUUAGAGAAAAAUAACAUUUGGUAACAUUGUUUCGUUUUUCAAACCAUAAAUUUGUACUAUACAUCUUCUGUUAUACUAAAAUCAAUAACUUUACAGAUUUUAACUAGAGUACUGCCUCUAGUUAUGAAUUUCUAGUUAGAUAAACCCUUAAAUUAAAUUAGAAACAACAAUUUAACAGAAUGCAAAAACAUAAUAUGUUCUUUAAAAAAUUGCCAUAUUCAGUUAGUAAAAUGAAAAAUCAAUUUGUAAACAUACAUAUCUUUUACAAAAAAUCUUGUUCUUUUAAAUUUCCUUCAAGUUUAAAAUCUAAUUUUUAAUUCGUGAAUAUGCAACAUAUCAGCAUUUGGUUAAAUUCUUUGUUAUUUGCAGGCAUUGCGGAAAAUAUCAGUUUCUCUUGCACUCUUUAAAGAGUUUUAAUAUCCAGUGGUGGGCAGUGGGAAACCCCCUUCCGCCAACCCAUCCAUUUAUCACUCACUCUCUUGCACUCUUUUGCAUUACGCAUACGCCUCGUUGUCCGCCUGUUUGCGCUUGCUAUCAACGUGACUUGGCUGCUUCGUUGGCGUGGAAAAGGGAAGGGCUUUUCGGGUGGAAGAACGGGCUUGGAAUACCCGCAUAUCACUCGCAUUGUCCGAUACAUUUCACAUGCUGCAAUUAACGCAACAAAUUGCAUUUUUAAUAUGCAAAAUUAAUGCGGAAAAUCUUUCUGUGCUAGCGGAGCAGCUGAAAGGAAGCGAAACGAAACGAAACGAAUCGCGAGAUAUAUCCAAGCAUUUUAUUUAUAACAGUCAUUGUGAAAAUUGAAAAUCCACAUUCGGAGUACAAUUAAAAACACUUUUCGCUUGCAUGUGAACAUUCUCGUCGUGCUGUGAAUAUUGUGAGUGUUUAAAAUAAUAAAAUGCCAUUACAAAGUCAAA